UUGCUUAUAUAUACACUAGUCUUUUCCUUACAGCGUACGAUUCAUAUAGAGAGAGCCUUACCUAACGAAGCACGAAUUCAGCCUCAGCCUCCGAUAUAAAACUUACUCACACUCUCUCCAUAUUACGAAGAAUCGGAGAUAGAAUUCGGCUAUUUCGGAAUUUCAUGGAACUUGAAAUAGAACAAGCUUUGAUCGUCGGGAAACUAAAUCAAAACAAGGUUGAUAUGUGCGAUGUGGAUUUCAGAGGAGAUGAAGAUUCACCUGAAGGUUUGAUGGGUGAUGGGAAAGUUGAGAUGGAUAGCAAGGGAAAGACAAAAAUAUUUUAUGAUGAGAAAUGGCCCUACCUAGAUAAGGAUGCAUCAGCCAGUGAUCCUGGGAAGACUUCCACUUCAGGAUCCAUUAUUUCAAACAAUAUCAAUGGUUCUAAUUUUGAGCUGUCAUAUCAUGAUAGUGAUGAAGACUGCUAUGAUUAUGGAGAUGACGAUUGUGAUUAUAUUGGCAAUGAUAAUUUCUUACCUGAAGACAAAGAUGAUUAUAUGACCAUGCAAGCCCAGUUUGAUAACAUGGAUCUUCCUCCUGGGGUCGAGGCCUCACUUCCUUUGUUGAAAGACCUUGAUCCGUGUCAACAUAUCAAGCCAUUUGCCACUACUAUUUCAUCUGUUCCAGACCUUUCAGAGAGCAUGAGGAAAUCAACUAUUGUAGACUCAAGUGAAAGCAAAAGGAAGACAACUAUUUCUGAUCUUGAUGAAAACAACAGAAAUCUAGCUUCUUCUAGCAGCUCAACAGAUCCUGAAGAGGCAAGGUCUAAUGAGGAUGAAGAAAAUAUAGAAAAUGGAAAUAUGCCAAAGUUACACUUUAAGCAAUUUGAUAUGGUGGGUGAUUUUUCUGACCAUCACUACAGCCGCAUGGGCUUUCCAUGGGAUCAGCAGCCACAAAAAAAUUGGGCAAAGAAAAUCCAGGAUGAAUGGAAAAUUCUGGAGAAGAGCCUGCCUGACACAAUAUUCGUUAGAGUUUGUGAAUCAAAGAUGGAACUUUUAAGGGCUGUUAUGGUAGGGCCUUCUGGUACACCCUAUCAUGAUGGCCUUUUUGUCUUUGAUUGUUGCUUCCCUCCUAGCUAUCCUAAUGAACCACCGAUGGUUUAUUACUAUUCAGGUGGUGUUCGAUUAAAUCCAAAUUUAUAUGAAUGUGGGAAAGUCUGCCUCAGUCUUUUGGGUACCUGGACUGGUGAAUCAUCCGAAAUGUGGAGUAAAGAAAACUCAACCAUGCUACAGGUUUUGGUCUCCAUACAAGCUCUGAUUCUGAAUGCACAGCCAUUUUUUAAUGAACCUGGGUAUGAAAGUACAUAUGUUGGAGCAGUGGGGGAAAGGAAGUCCAGGGAGUACAGCGAGGAAGCAUUUAUUUUAUCCUUGAAGACAAUGUUGUACACACUGAGAAGACCACCCAAGCACUUUGAGGAUUUGGUUGCCUAUCAUUUUCGCAAGUGUGCUCAUGAUAUUCUGGUAGCUUGUAAAGCGUAUAUGGAGGGAGCUGUGGUAGGAACAGUGGUGGUGAAAGACGGAGUCAUAGAAGGUGGUAAAGUUGAAAAGGGUGGCUCAAUUACUUUUAAAACCAAAGUAGGUCAGAUGAUGAAUAUUCUUAUUGCAAACUUCACCAAAAACGGAUCCACAGAUUGUGAACAAUUUCGGACUUCAUGAGGAGCGCAUAGUGGGCAGUUGAUGUAAAGGUGUAUGGAGACGCAAAGCAAGCGGAUGAUUUAGCUGGCAUAAGCCUGUUCCUUUGGAGUACAUCUAAGCUGGUGCAAUUUUGACAGAAUUGAUUGAACCUGCCCUGUGGAACUUACUUCGAGCAUAAUAUAUAUUAUAUUUUAUAUCUUUAGCAGUUUUUCAGGUGGAUGUAGACAUGGUAUGGCAAAGGUGGAAUGACUGGGAUGGAUGGGCUUUUCUGCCGGACCAGUUGCUUGUUGACAGCUCCAGCAAUAUGAAUAUAUGGAUUUGUUGUGAAUGCUAUGGCAUGUUAUCUAGUUCUCAAACUAUAUUAUGUGUUUUCAGCUUGAUUAUUAUUAUACGUGCUUGGUGUCGUGCUGGGAAACAGGAUUCAUUGAAAAUUAGUAAAAUGAUGGAAUUAUGGCCUCA